AAUACAUUGAAAUAUCCAAAAAAAAGUUCCUAUUGAAAGAUUUAAAAUUACAUUGAAAUUCGGUGAUUCAUGACUAAAUUGGUAAUUUUCCCAAUCUUGUCUGGUCUUCCCUUCCCUUGCUCUUUCCCAGCUCUUUCCUAAUUCCCAAUGAUUAAAACCGGUUCAUCUUCAAGAUUCAACUAUCCAUCUGAACUUCUAUUGAUCGAUUCAAUCUCGAUCCUCUCAGACAUCAAACAGUAAGAUGAAGAACAUGAAACCACUACCUCUUUUAUUCCUCUUCAUCUCUGUCCUGCUCGAAGUACUCACGGUCUUAGUCACCGGUAACAACAUUGGUGUAUACUCGCCGAUUAAUGAUAUCGCCGUCAACUGCGGCUCCUUCGGCAACUCCUCUAUGUCUGAGCGGACUUGGAUCGGAGACGCCGAGGAUGGUUCGAACUACUCUCCAAUUGAUGAAUCUCAUUCUUCUAUCAUUGCAAGGGCAAGAGGUUCACCUUCCUCUGGCUACAACCUCAUCAUAUACGAGACUGCUCGUCUCUCCCCCUCCGAAUUCGUCUACACCUUCCACCUCACCGCCGGGCCCAAAUUUGUUCUCCUCCACUUCUUCCCCUCGGAUUACCUCAACUUCAGCCGUGCCGAUUCAUUCUUCUCGGUCAGGGCCAACGGCUACACUCUGCUCCGCAACUUCAGCGCUUCCCUCUUUUCCGAUCAUACCGGCUUCACGAGCUUCCACAAAGAGUUCUGCUUAACUGUCGGAGCUGACCAGAUACUGAACGUUACGUUUGCUCCCACUCCUGGUAAUUCAGAUGCGUAUGCUUUCGUGAAUGGAAUAGAAGUCAUUUCCAUGCCCGAAAGUCUCUACUACAACACCGUCAUCGACUCAAACGAGGGAAUCAAGUUGGCAGGUCAGGUGACGCCGUACACCUUCAGUACUGCUGAUGCUCUCGAAGCGGUGAAGCGCUUGAACAUGGGAGGACAGUUUAUUGGCUCAGCUGGUGACACGGGAAUGUACAGGACCUGGGACGCAGAUGAUGUCUAUGUGACUAGUUCGAACAUCGGAGCUUUACCUGUUAACACGACUAUCCAACUCAAUUACAGUGACCAAGUGCCAAAUUAUACGGCUCCAGAUAGCGUAUACCGAACGGCAAGGACUAUGGGAACGGACAAAAGAAUCAAUCUGAGCUACAACCUCACGUGGUCCGUCGAGGUGGAUACGAACUUCUACUACUUGGUCCGGUUACACUUUUGCGAAUUCCAGAUAGAGAUAAAUAAGCCCUUAGAUAGGGUUUUCGAGAUUUUCAUAGAUUCACAACUGGUCGAGGGUCAUGCGGAUGUCAUUAGUUGGAGCGGGAAGGGCAUGCCCGUCUAUAGAGAUUAUGCGGUAGCCCUAUAUCACGGCCAAAAGAAAAGAACCAACCUCUCGGUCGCGAUGGGCGCGCUUCCAGAUGGUUCUACUCUUUACUCUGAUAGCAUCUUGAAUGGCCUCGAGAUAUUCAAGAUCAACGAUCCAGACCGGAAUCUCGCAGGGCUGAACCCAGAUCUAGUCACAGAUAAACAGCCAGUGCCUCCGCCGAAAAGCAAAGCGUCAUCGAACCUCGGCAAAGCAACAAAGAUUGCCAUCGUUGCUGGCGUAGCUUCGGGCUUCACCGUGCUCUCUCUCCUGGCUUUCUUCAUUUACUGGCGACAAAACAGAGGGAAGGAUUCGGCCUUGAACGAUGGCACCUCAUGGUGGGGCCCGGUUUCUAAUGCGACAACCAGGUCGACGACAACCCAGGUGUCGUCCCUGCCAUCAGAUCUGUGCCGCCACUUCUCGCUGGCCGAGAUCAGAGCGGCCACGAACAACUUCGACGAGGUUUUUAUUAUUGGUGUGGGUGGGUUUGGCAACGUGUACAAGGGCUAUGUUGACGGGGGCACCACCCAAGUGGCGAUCAAGCGGCUGAACCCGCGGUCGCAGCAGGGCCUCCACGAGUUCAUGACCGAGAUCGAGAUGCUCUCGCAGCUUCGGCACCUCCACCUGGUCUCUCUGAUCGGGUUCUGCAACGACGCGGGAGAGAUGAUAUUGGUGUAUGACUACAUGGCGCGCGGGACUUUACGUGACCAUCUCUACAACACCGAUAAUCCCCCCCUCCCCUGGAAGCAGCGCCUCCAGAUCUGCACGGCAGCCGCGCGUGGGCUGCAAUACCUCCACACCGGUGCCAAGCACACCAUCAUACACCGCGACAUGAAGACAACCAACAUCCUACUCGACGACGAGUGGGUUGCCAAGGUGUCUGACUUUGGGCUCUCGAGGUUCGGGCCCGCAAGUGUGUCCAGGACGCACGUCAGCACUAUCGUGAAGGGCACCUUCGGGUACCUAGACCCGGAGUACUGUAAGCGCCAGCAGCUGACUGACAAGUCCGACGUCUAUUCCUUCGGUGUGGUGCUAUUCGAGGUGCUGUGUGCAAGGCCCGUCGUGAACCGAACGGCCCCGAAGGAGAAGAUCAACCUGGUCGCAUGGGCUCAGAGUUGCUGCAAGAGCGAGGCCGUCGAGGAGAUCCUGGACCCGCACUUGAGGGGGGCAAUCGCCCCCGAGUGUCUCGACAGGUUCUGCGAGAUUGCCAUGAGCUGCUUGCAGGAAGAGGGGCCCAAGCGGCCAUCCAUGAAUGACAUUGUGUGGGGCCUCGAGUUCGCACUACAGCUGCAGGUAAGCGCAGAGCAGGAGGUGAUGGACCAUGUGGGUGCGUCCGUGCACGAUGCCGAUGACAACGACGAUGACGCGGUUCCGAUUGGAGGCAAUUCGAUGAGCCGCAGCGAUGAGGUGUUCAUGUAACAGCCAAAAAUUUCCCAUAUUCGAUAAUAAUAUUUAGGAUUAAUUUUCAUAAUUUGAUCAUUAGAAUACCGAGGCAGUAUAAUUAAGUUGAUAGAAUUCGAUGUGUAUGUUAGUGGUGUCGAAUUGUCAAUUCACUGCCAAAUAUUGCCAAAGUUUGGCAUGUUUCGAUUUUAUAUUUAAAGAUAUUUGAAUUUUAAAUUUAUUA